UAAAAUCAGCAUUUCCACCCUGUCUGAAAUCAUUCACACUUUGUCUCCUGAAUUCAAGAGUUACCAUUAUGGCACCCAAAAAGGCAAAGAAGCGGGCAGAAGGAGCCAAUUCAAAUGUCUUCUCCAUGUUUGAGCAAACACAGAUCCAGGAGUUCAAAGAGGCUUUCACAAUCAUGGAUCAGAAUAGAGAUGGCUUUAUCGACAAGAAUGACCUGAGGGAUACGUUCGCAGCUUUAGGCCGCCUGAACGUCAAACAGGAGGAGCUCGAGGAGAUGCUGAAGGAGGCUCCAGGACCCAUUAACUUCACCGUCUUCCUCACUAUGUUUGGGGAGAAGCUUAAAGGUGCCGAUGCAGAGGAGACCAUUCUGAAUGCCUUUAAAGUGUUCGACCCAGAGGGAAAGGGGACCUUGAGGAAGGAUUUUUUGGCACAGAUGUUGACAACGCAAGCGGACCGAUUUUCUCCAGAAGAGAUGGAGCAGAUGUUUAGUGCUUUUCCUCCAGACGCAGCAGGUAAUCUGGACUAUAAGAAUCUGGUCUACAUCAUCACACAUGGGGAGGAGAAGGACCAGGAGUGAAUAUCUCAUGUUCAACAACAUCAUGACACAUGUAUGCCAAUAAAUCUUGUCCUGCUCUAUAUACUGUAAUCUUCCAUUUACAGAACUGAACUGAACAAUUAAACCAAAUGA